CUCUCAACCAGUGCCAAGAGGCUACAGCAGGAGUUGAUGAUCCUCAGCAUGUCUGGCGACAAAGGAACUUCUGCCUUCCCUGAAUCAGACAGCCUUUUCAAGUGGAUGAGGACCAUCCAUGGAGCAGCUGGCACAGUAUAUGAAGACCUGAGGUAUGAGCUCUCUCUGGAGUUCCCCAGUGGCUACACUUACAAUGCGCCCACGGUGAAGUUCCUCACGCCCUGCUACCACCCCAACGUCGACACUCAGGGUAACAUCUGCCUAGAUAUCCUGAAGGGCAAGUGGCCCGCCCUGUAUGACGUCAGGACCAUCCUUCUCUCUAUCCAGAGCCUACUGGGAGAACCCAACAUCGAUAGCCCUUUGAAUACACAUGUUGCUGAGCUCUGGAAAAAUGCCACAGCUUUUAAGAAGUACCUGCAGGAAACCAACUCAAAGCAAGUCUACAGACAACAGCUCUGA